AAGAAACCCUCGUUUCCAUAAUGCCAAACCGAAACCCCAAGACAAGCAACCCUUAAACAUAAAAGCUUUGAUUGGAAUUCCUGGUUUAUUUUUUCUGUAUCAUAAAUCGGAGCGGAGCAUCGGACAUAUAGAGGAACUGGAAUAGGAAUUGUUGUUGUUGUUGUUGUUGUUGAAGAAGACGAUGUCUGCUGCCGUGUGUGGGAGCAAGAGAUCUUUUUUCGAAGAGCUACCGCCAUCGCCUCCCGUCUCUAAGAGGGUUCGUUGCUCCUCUUCUUCUUCGCCGAUUCGAUUUUCUGCGCCGACACUCCUAGAUCAGCUUCGCUCCGUGUUUCCUCACAUGGAACUCCACAUUCUUGAGAGGGCACUGCAAGAACAUGGUAAUGAUUUGGAUGCUGCCAUCAAGAGCCUGCAUGAGCUUUGCCUAGAAUCUACGGAGGGAAAUUCAGGUUGUGUGGAAGAAUCAGUUGUAAAUGUGGAGAAGGGUAGGUUGACAAAUGAUGGAAAUGCUGGUUCUCUUGAUAAUCUAUCGACUUCAAACCACCUUCCUCUAGGAGGUCAAGAAUGGGUUGACUUGUUUGUGAGGGAGAUGAUGUGUGCUUCCAGUAUGGAUGAUGCCAAAGCCCGUGCUGCAAGAUUAUUAGGGAUUUUAGAGGAUUCCAUCAAUUCACGUGCUGGUGAGGCAACAAAAACUCUUCACAAGGAAAAUCUGAUGCUGAAGGAACAAAUUGAAGGACUCAUGCGGGAGAAUUCCAUUCUCAAGCGUGCUGUGGCUAUCCAACAUGAACGUCAGAAAGAGUAUGAUGAUAGGAAUCUAGAGUUGCAACAUUUUAAGCAAUUGGUAACUCAAUAUCAAGAGCAGUUGAGAACACUUGAGAUGAGCAACUAUGCAUUGACAAUGCAUUUGAAGCAUGCCAACCAAAGCAGCUCCAUUCCUGGGCGAUUCCAUCCCGAUGUCUUCUAGGAACGAGAUGGAAGUUUGCUUUUGAUAAUAGGGUCUUCAAAAGAUGUAUCUUCAACAUAUUUUAGAUUAAUAUGCACUUAUAAAAAUAUAUAUAUAUUUUAAAUUAAUGUUAAAAGGUCUGAGUGAAGCUUUAUGUAAGAUGGGGGCUAUCGAGUAUUCUGAUAUGAAUAAGAUCCUCUUCAUUUCAAAUGAAACAAACCAUAAUGUAUUUUGAUUCUUUAUGUUCGCGAGAAAAAAAUAUAUUAAAUGGAUAUUUUUUAUUUCGUUUUAAA